GAAAUAGGGGGAAACCUUAGGGAAUCCAUGGCAGAGGGUUACCCUUCCUCCGGGUUCUAAAAUGACAACCUCAAUAGUUCAGAAUAGGGCUCCCGAGUGGCCCAUCCAGUAAAGGCGCUCCUCGCAGGAUGUGCCCUAUAGCCUGGAGAUCGCUGGUUCGAAUCCAGGCUAUGUCACAGCUGACCGUGACCGAGAGUUCCUAGGGGGUGGCGCACAAUUGGCUGAGCGCUGCCCGGGUAGGGAGGGCUUAGGUCGGCAGGGGAAUCCACGGCUCACCGCGCAUCAGCGACCCCUGUGGCCGAUAGGGCGCCUGUGGCUCUGCAGCGGAGCCGCCAGAUCUGUGUUGUCCUCCGGCACUAUAGGUCUGGUAGCAUUGCUGUGGAUCUGCAGUGCGAAAAAUGACGGCUUGGAAGGAGCACGUUUCGGAGGACGCGUGUUUCAGCCUCCGUUUCCUGAGUCGGCGGGGGGGGGUUGCGAGCGGUGAGCCGGGGAUACAGAUAAUAAUUGGGCAUGCUAAAUUGGGGUGAAAAAACCGGGGUAAAAAUAAUUGGCGACGACUAAAUCUUUAAAAAAAAAAAAAAAAAAAAAAAAAAAAAAAAUAGUUCAGAAUUAGCCACAUAGUGUUUUUAUUUUCCAAUAAUAAGUCUGAGACAUUCUUUCGAAUGUAGAGUUCUUAUGCACCGGAAGUCCAUCUUCCCAUAGCCUUGAUUAGGUGUGGAGUGAUGUUCCUGGAAGCAGCAGAAGUUGUGUCGAAAUUCGAUGCAGUUUGUCUUGGGGGAGACCAGUUCAAUCCUGAGGAAUUCCAGGCAGGUGGCACGUAACAUCAUUUUUUUUUUUUUACAUGAGCAACACCAACAUUAUACAUAUAAUAACAGAUCGCAGACAGUGUUAUAACACUGUAUAAUUUAAUCUAUGGGGGUCUGUUUAUAAACAAAAAGAGCAAAGCAUUACUUUGUCUUUUUUUUUUUUACAAUACACAUGUUUUACCUUUAUGAUUCUAUUUCAAAAAGUAAUUUGUAACAAAGAAUAGCAAAAAAUAUUGAUACAUAGAAAAACAUAUGAAAUAUAUAUAUAUAUAAACACUGAAAGCUGACAUACUGCAAAACAGGAACAUACAUUUACUGCUCCAGUAUGUCAACAAAGUUGUGGACAUACGGCUGUUUAGUCUGUUAAGUAUGUCAAUACAUAACUUCCGUUUAACUUUUGUCCUUCAUUCAUAAAUCCAAUAGAGACAAAUUAGGAAGUGACAGGUAUCUGUUCUUUGAAAAUCAAUUCCAAUUCCUAAAUAAUCCCAAUAUAAGAAGGGAAUGAGGUAAGUAUGGUGGUGCUGCGGAUCAAAUUUUGGUUGAAGAAAACAAAACAAUCAGGGGAACCUGUCACAGUAGGCUACUACACCUGCAGUACCACAACUCUGUAAUAAGAACUUCCCUGGGCUCUGUAAAUGCAACAUCCACCAUCAUGUCUCCCCAUUGAGCACGCAGCAAUAUAUCUGAUAAGUUAUCAUGAUUAUCCUGUACAUGAUAACCUCUUCAAUAAAAAAUGGAUCAUCAGCAUCCAGUAUAAACUCAUGUCUAAACAGGUAUACAUAUAGAAAAAGAAAAUCUUACAAAUUGUGAAUAAUUGAUUAAAUAUGUUCAUGUUAGCAGGCAUCAAAGUGUUAAAUGAGGCUUCAGAGGAAAUAUCACAAAAUUAGUAAAAAAAACAAAACAAAACAUAGAAUUGGACAUGAAGGCAAGCAAAAGUGGAACUGAACUAGUAAACAAAGAAGAUUUUUUGGCAACAGUUCAUUUUCACAAAUUACUCCUCCUGCUUUCAAUUGAAGAUGUUCUGACAGGUUAUAAGGUCAUAUUAAAAUAGGUCAGUGGCAGCUGAUGGAAAGUGCACAUUAACUGAGUUUUUUGGGGGGCUGUGUUUUUGUUUGUUUGUUUGUUUGUUUGUUUAAAAAAAUAAAGAAAAAUAAUUCUGUUUGUUAAUUUUUCACUCCCUUAUUUAACUUUCUCUUUACACUACAAUAACACACAAUACAUGUUUUUAGUAUAUAUUUUCAUUUUUUGUUUCAAUUAAUACUUACCAUCUUCCUGUCCAGUAAAUUCUGAAACUUGUUUAAGUCAUUUUUGCAGCUGCAUUUAAAAAAAAACAAAAAAAAAAACCCUGCUAUACUCAGUCCAUACUUAAAAGAAAAAGCAGGAAGUCUCAUAGUAUCAACUCUUACUCUACAGUCACUCCUACUAUCAGCAGAUACUGAGGCUGCAAGGUUUGGAGUGUCAAGCAAGUCAAUCAUUUCAUGAAACAGUUGUGCUUUGUAUACAUACAGACAUAUAUAAUAUAUCACACAUUAAUAUCUCUGGUUGUAAAUAAAGAUAUUGGGAACAAUCACUUCCUGCUACGAAUGUGACACUCAUGCCAGUCAAGAUCUGAGGAAGUGUUUGACACCUGCUGAAAUCAUACAAAACUCACUCCCUACAAGGUGAUUUCAACAGAAGAGUUCCAAUAAGAUGGAAGACAAUGACACUGACUAUGACUAUGACAAUGACAGUUAUAGUUAUGAUCCAGAUGACUACAUAUAUCAAUGUGACAAUAAUGAUAUCAGAACAUUGCGUUCCAAUAUGGUUUAUGUGUAUUCUAUCAUCUGUGUGCUGGGCAUUUUGGGCAAUGUACUGGUUAUUGUCACAUAUGCAUUUUAUAAGAAGCUAAAAUCCAUGACAGACAUCUAUCUUCUAAAUGUGGCCAUAGCAGACAUACUGUUUGUUCUUUCAAUUCCUCUUUUGGUAGUAAACGAACAGUACGAAUGGAUUCUGGGAGAUUUAUCAUGCAAGUUACUGAAAGGCAUCUACAGUGUGAAUUUGUACAGCGGUAUGCUGCUGCUUGCUUGCAUCAGCACAGAUCGUUACAUUGCUAUUGUUCAGGCAAGAAGGUCUUUCAAACUUCGUUCGACAGCUCUGGUCUAUAGCCACGUAAUCUGCCUGGUUGUCUGGCUUGUUGCAAUUGGCAUGUCCCUUCCCACUUUCAUAGUCUAUAAAACGUUUGAAUACCAAAACAUUACUGUCUGUGAAACUAGUUUGCCCGAUCAUCAGACUGCUGUUAUGUUAAAAACAUUGAUGCCAAGCGCACAGCUCAGCAUUGGAUUCUUCCUUCCUUUGCUGAUUAUGAUCUUCACUUACUCAAGCAUCACUUAUACCCUCAUGCAAGCUAAAAACUUCCAGAGACACAAGGCUGUACGUGUUGUCAUGGCAGUGGUAGUGGUUUUCAUUGUGUGUCAUCUGCCUUAUAACAUCAUUCUCUUGCUGGACACUCUAAAUAAGUUCAGGACAGACCUAGAUUGCAAUGUGGAAAAAAUGAAAACCAAGGCCCUUAUUUUUACAGAAUGCUUGGCUUAUUUACACUGUUGUCUAAACCCUAUUCUGUAUGCAUUCAUUGGAGUGAAAUUUAGAAAUCAUUUCCUUAAGAUCUUCCAGGACUUGUGGUGCCUGAGUAAGAAAUACAUAUCUGUUAGACGUACUUCCAGGUUCACAUCUGAGGGCUUUACCUCAAGGAAAACCAGUGAGGUGUUUGAGACUGAUAAUCCAUCAUCCUUCACAAUGUAGUGUGAUAUGUUAUGAGCAGUGGACUGUGUUUUCUGGCAGUGAUGACCACAAAUAAUUUUCUAAACCUACACACAAAUCUACCCUGAAUUAGAUGUUGAGCUGAGCUGUUGAGUAGUUCACAGACCUACUAAAGAUAUUCAUGCAGCUUGAAUUGUACAAAAAGUGAAAUGCAUUGUAAAUAGGGGUAAACAGAUAUUUCAAGUCAUUGAUUUUUCUCAUUUGCAGAGGUCUUGAGAAUAAAUGUUCUAAGUCAAAAUAUACAACAUAUUGUGAAUGAUAUUUUGUAAAUAGUGUUGUUUUAUGAGGGGACAUAAGGAUGAUGAUGUUCAUAGGACCAAUCUACCUUAUGUUGAAUACUCCCAACUGAAAUACAAAUAUCAAAACAAUGUGCUACUGUAAUUGACAUUUGACAGGAGAUGCCAGGGGUCAAAAUGUAAGACUAAACUGUAAUGCUGAAUGUUCUGGAAUGUUUUUUUUUCUUCUUAAUUUUGUUAGUUUGAUACAUUUUUGUAAAGUAACUGAUGUGAAUUGACUAAACUAUAUCAAGAUCUAAAUGUAUUUCCCAGUUUUUCUCCAACUGUAUAAUCUCUACAGUUUAUGUGUAUUACCACAAUAAAAUGAUAAGAGCUAUUAA